CUCUCUCCCCCCUCUUGAUAAAUUGAAUUUGCCGGGAGAGACCGAGGAAGAUGGCGGCCACUGACCGUUCCAGGUCCGAAGCUGCGAAGCAGCGACGGCAGGAUCAGCUGCAACGGUGGCAGGGAUCGGAAACAGAUCUGACUGGCGCAGAAGUGAGGAGUCCGUCUUUGGGCAUAGGUGGCCGCCGGGCAAAAGUUCGUUUCGCCCAGGGUGCAGUGUUUAUGGCCGCUUGCUCUGCCGGGGACCGGGAGGAGGUAGCGGAGCUACUGAGACAGGGCGCUGACAUCAACCACGCAAAUAUAGACGGACUGACGGCACUUCAUCAGGCAUGUAUCGAUGAGAACGCAGAGAUGGUGCAGUUUCUUGUGGAGAGCGGCAGUGAUGUGAACCGAGGGGACAAUGAAGGCUGGACCCCCCUCCACGCAGCUGCUUCCUGUGGUUUCAUUCAGAUUGCCAAGUACUUGAUAGAACAUGGUGCGCAGGUGGGUGCGGUGAACAGUGAGGGAGAGCUUCCUCUGGACGUUGCCAUGGAGGACGCCAUGGAGAGACUGCUGAAGGCAGAGAUCAAAAAACAAGGGCUGGAUGUGGAGCGGGCGAGGAAGGAGGAGGAGCAGGUGAUGCUGCAGGACUCCAGGGCCGUUUUGGCGGGAACGGGCUCCCUAACCCCGCACCCUAACACCAAGGCUACCGCCCUGCAUGUAGCCUCCGCUAAAGGUUACAUCGAGGUGCUCAAAGUACUCUUGCAGUGUGGUUUGGAUGUGGAGAGCCGGGACUGUGACGGUUGGACGCCUCUUCACGCUGCUGCACACUGGGGUCAGGAGGAUGCCUGCACCCUCCUUGUGGAACACAUGUGUGACAUGAACGCCAUCAAUAACGUGGGUCAGACUGCUCUGGAUGUCGCCGAUGAGAAUCUAGUGGAUACGUUGGAGGAGCUGCAGAAGAAGCAAAAUGCAAUGCGCACGGAGAAGAAGAAGAUCCAGCUGCCCGUCAUUGAGACCAGUUCGCCCACCUCCAUGGCGCCAGCCCGCCCUCGCAGGACGUCCAUCUCUCGUAUGAGCAGCAAGGAAAAGAUCACGUUGCACGAGAGAGAGAAGCACCCACCGCCUGCCCUCCAGACUCCACCCACAGAGGAGGAAGAGGAGGAGCCAAACACGCAGAACCGCCCAACUGCCGCGCCCAAAGCCUCCAGCAGCUCCAGCUCAGAGGAGGAGAGCGAAUCGGAGAGCGACGCGGAGUCAGAAAAAGCAAAAACCCGAGAGCUGAUCAACAACCUGAACAACAAGCGCAACAAUCCAACUCCAUUAGCGACCGCCACGGCAACCAGCACUGCGGUGAACCAGGUCAAAAAGACAGAACCGGUGCGCGCAGCGGUGAGUGAGGCUCCGGGCUCCUGGCGAACGUCCCUGCGUAAGGCGGGCAGCUCCGUGGCGCUGGGCUCGUCCGGAGCGUCCGACGUGGGUGUGGAGGCCCUGCGUGGACCAGACAGCGCUGCAGCCAUGACGCGCUCGGCCUCCAGUCCCAAACUCAGCUCGCACAACGACACCAAGGAGCCCCGGCUGGCGCGAGUGCAGCCCACUCCAUCCAGACGCCUGUUCAGUGUUGGAGAUACAAACACCAGCACCAACCCCACCUCAGACAGCUCCAGCAGCUGGUUGAGCCGGAGCUCUUCAUACACACGCAGGCCGAACAACCAGUACGGCAGUGAGCCAGCAGCACAGAACCCCUCCUUACCUCGUAGUUCAUCUUAUGGAAGAAAACUCGAUGACCCCUCAAUGACCUCUGUCACCUCACAGGUGACCUCUGGACUAAGUCGCCUCAACAACAUAGUGGCUCAGAGACUAGCUCAGGACCAGACAGAGAAAAAGGAGUCUGUCUCUAUGACUACAGCUACAACGGGCGAGCAGGAGUCAAAGCAGAGGCGCAAGUCAUACCUGACCCCAGUUAGGGAUGAAGAGGCAGAAGCUCAGAGGAAGGCCCGCUCCAGACAUGCCCGUCAGUCUAGACGCUCCACUCAGGGUGUUACACUUACCGAUCUACAGGAAGCUGAGAAGACAAUAAAGACGGAAAUCAAGGGGAAAGAGGGGAAGAGAGAGGAGGAGAAAGAUGCGAGGCAGAAGAAGGGAGAGGAUGGGGAGGUGAGUUGGAGGUCUCGUAUUGCGAACCUGCAGAAGUCGGAUCUUCUGGGACUAACACACCCUCCAGGUGCCCCACGCCCUGCUGACCGGAGAGAUACGGAGGACAGCGUUGCUGACAGCGAGGAGCGAGCGAGGGAGAGAAGGAGAGCGAGAGCUCGGAGGAGAGAAAGAGCAGGAGAGAAUGAAGAUAAUGAACCCAGCGCAGAAGAGGAGAGCAGUGGGCAGGACCUACAGACAGACAGGCAUGCGAGCAGCAGGUCAAGUCUCACUAAUGACCGUGUCAUGGCAGGGGGAUCAGGCACUAAGGAUUAUAAGAAGUUGUUUGAGGAGAUCUCUCGGGAAAAUAGUCAGUUGCAGUCUCAACUACAGGAUACACAGAGGACCGUCUCUGUAACCAGAAUGGAGCUGGAGAAAGCGACACAGAGACAGGAGCGGUUCAGUGACUGCUCGGCUUUGUUGGAGCUAGAGAAGAAGGAGAGGAUGAUGUUGCAGAGACGUGCCGCUGAGCUGGAGGAGGAGCUAAAGGUUUUGGGGGAUUUAAGAGCAGAUAACCAGAGGCUGAAAGAUGAAAACGGAGCACUUAUCCGAGUGAUCAGCAAACUCUCCAAAUAGAGACGGAGAGCGAGGAGUGAAUGAACUAGAGGGACGACUGAACAAAAGACAAUCUACCAUCCCCUGUCCUCAUAUCCCACCGUGCCAAAAAGUGAGAAGGGCAGGUCACUUCCUUAUGUGCACUCUAGUUGAACUGCAGGUUGACCUGAACUUUACCUGUCUGCUCCUGAAGCCUGAGGAAUUUGUGUUUUUUGUGUGUGUGUGUGUGUGUGUGUGUGUGUGUGUGCGCGCGCGUGUGUGUGUGCGUGCAUAGCAACCCCUCAACACAUGUCCAUUAGUAUAAACAUUGAUAGUUGUUGAACGCGUGCACUCACACAUACAAAGAUAGCAAGGCUUGCGAAACCCCAAACGCAUGAGGUGUGCACAGCAUUAUCACACAUGCACAUACACACACCACACACACGUGCACAUACACACACCACACACACGUGCGCGCGCACACACACACACACACACACACACACACACACACACACACAAACAAGGUACACAUCAUUCACGUGUGCCGCCCAGAUAUGUCGAUGAAUAUUCCACAAGUCUAAGGCAGCUUUGGUCUGCUGUAGUUUUGCACCUUACAGGCACUCCAUAUGCAUGCAUGAAUGCACUUGCGCGUGCACAUGCGCGCACACAGUUCACAGUAGAGCUGAUACAGCCAUAUAAAGACUCUUCUUAGUUCAACUUGCCAACUGUGGGACCACUUUGUUAUACUACUCCAUUACUGCUUGAAACCGCAACCCCACUACACCACACUCAGACAUCAGUGGAACUCAGACAUGCUUAACACAUGGUCAGUGACAUCAGUACUAGCGUGUGCACGCCUUACACUUCGUGCACAAGCCCUGUCAGUCUAGGCAUUUUCUUUUCCUACACUUGAGUAAUAGAAAGGUAAAGAGUUGAAUGCUAUUUUCUUGGUUUGUUGUUUGUAUCAGUUCCUCGCCCAUUUGGAGACGAGGAUGGUAACUUCGUUUAUUAUAUAAAUGGAGAACUAUUAUUCCUUUGAAAACGCCAUCAAAUGUAAUGUGACAUUGAUACCCCUCUUUCACAUGUUGUUUUUUUUAAUAUAUAUAUAAAUAUAUAUAAAAUGAAUGUCAGCACUUAAUAAAUGGUUGUGUGUGUUUAGAGCUUAGUAUGAAGUAUUUUUAUAUUACUACUUUAUUAUUGCAUUUAAUAUUUUAUUGUUGUUACUUUGUAUUAUGCAACAUUUGAAGAAAGGGUUCCAUUCAGAUGUAUAGCAGGUGUGUUGAAAUGAGGCCUGGAGGAUUCCCCAGUGUACUGGACCACCUCUGUCCCUCAUCAGUCUGAGACUGUUGUCUUGUAUUUCAGUCUGCCCCCCCCAUGCUUGUGAGCCUGCGCCCCAGAUGUCCUGCAUCACUGGGGUGGGGGGGGGGAUCAGCUGGAGCAAUGGAUCUAACAUUCCCACGAGUGUGUUUGUGUGUUUGUGUGUAACCGAGACAGAGGAAGUCACAAAGCGGACUGUGUACAGACGGUGCAAACCGGUACACUGUGUCACAGUUAUAAGUUGACACCAACAAAGUUACUUUCUGAUCUGUUUUUUGCACCUUCAUGGCUCUCCAUGCUUUUGACCGAUGCAUGUCUUCCACCUGAGAUGAAGCAGCUUUUGCGUCAAUGCAUCUGGUGGGUUUUGCAUGGCCAUGUACAUUUAUAGACAUGCCUGGAGAACUGGGUGACCUUUGGGAGAAUGCUACCUUCGCCUUCCCCUGCUCUCAUCUGUUUGUCCCAUCUGCUCACGCACUGGUGGUCUGCCCACUGUCCUACAAGGAUGCGAUGGAGCUGCUGACAACAAGCACAGCUCCUAAUAAGGAACGCCAGGCUGCCCUUGCUGUAAAUAUCUCGAAGGUCUGAGAAGGAAAGAGGGAGGGAGGUGAGGAGAGGAAGAGAGCAGUAAAGGGAGAAACAGAGGGGACGGAGUGCAGCCUUAUAAGGACAAAGCUGCUCUUUUCCCAGGGUUUGGAGUUCCGAUCCCUGGCAUUCUGCCAAAAGAUGCCUGAUUGUGUGUCUUAGUGGCAUCUAGAGGUCCAGGAGUGUAAGUGCAAGAGGUGGAAAGCACAUUGUGUAGGCUGGUGGUGUCCAACUAUUCCGAUGCUCCUUAAAUCCUUUCUGAAUCAUUAGAUUAGAAAUGCACCUAAAAUAGUGUGACAGUUCUCCAGGAACAGGACUGGGCACCCCAAUUUUAUUUUUCUGAAGACACAUGGAGUUGGAAAGACAGAACUGCCACAGACCAUUUCAAUAUAGAGCGAUUCAGUAAAUCUACAGUGCAUACAGAAUGUCUUCAGACCCUUUCAAAUUUCUCAUAUUGUGGCAUAUUUCAGACUCAAAACGGAUUCCAACUUAUUUUUUCCUUAUUUAUACACAAUACUCCACAAUGACUGACUGUUUUUGCAAUGUUUUGUAAAUGUAAUAAAAAAUAAACACAAA